AUGCAUAAGGUUAGACUAGGUGUCGAUAAGGGAAAUUGGAUCCCUGAAAAUUCUCGAGCUAUUUUAGAUCAACAUUGGGCUUCUGAAAAAUUCCAAAACAAAAGUAAUACUGCUAAAGGGAAUCGGGCUGUAGAGAAUGGAGCAACAGCCUACACUGGUGGCUCCAUAUCUGCAGGAGCCCACUUUGAAAAAUUGGCGAAGGAGCUAAAUCGUCCUCCUACUGCUUGGGAAUUAGUGGAAAGGACAAAAAAACUUAAGAGUGGAGAAUGGGUCAAUGAUAAAGCCCGCAACAUUGCUGUGGUUAAAAAGAAUACGAAGGGGAACUUGUAUGGGCUUGCUGGAUUGACUGAUGCUUUCAUUCGCUCAACACUUCCACAAUCUUCUAUGUCACAGCUAUCACCAGUCAUUGCAGGGGUGAUAGAAGAAAUGCAAAAUAGGAUAACUGAAUUAAAUGUUGAGCUUGCUGCAAAGGAAGCAAAGGAGAAAGCAUUGGAAGAACAUAUACGACAACAUGAUGAGCAGAUGCAGUAUAUACUACGCUACCUCAACAUUGACCCUUUAAGGCCAACCCCUCCUCCAUCAAGUACUACCCCAAAUGAUCCUGAGCAUGGUGUUGAUGAUAUUCUUGAUGAGAUAGCAGAAGACCCUUAA